UGAUUAUUGCGGCUGCGCAGCGGUUCAGGAAGUGCGAGAAGACCUACUAUAGCCAGCUGUUCGAUCAACAACAACACGCAGAACCGCAGUUGCUAGUGCAUUCAUAUCACGCCAGAGGCUUCGGCAGCGACGAUCUGUCACAGGAGCGAAGAGAGAGGCAGUAAGAGGGAGAGUUGAGUCACAGAGACCCCCUGGAGGCCCCCCCCUCCCUGUAAAUCACAGACCCUUCCCCCCCACCCCCACCACCCCCCUUGGGAGGAGCCUGCUCAUGGCCAGCAGAGGAGGAAACGCCAGGCCCAACGGCAGCCUGCCCCAGACCAAGAUCUGCCAGUUCAAGCUGGUGCUGCUGGGAGACAUGGCGGUGGGCAAGUCCAGCCUGGUGCUGCGCUUCGUCAAGGGCCAGUUCGACGAGUUCCAGGAGACCACCAUCGGGGCUGCGUUCCUUGCGCAGUCGGUGUGUCUGGACGACACGACGGUGAAGUUUGAGAUCUGGGACACGGCGGGACAGGAGCGCUACCACAGCCUGGCGCCCAUGUACUACAGAGGGGCGCAAGCUGCCAUCGUGGUGUUCGACAUCACCAAACCGGAGACCUUUGAGCGGGCCAAGGCCUGGGUGAAGGAGCUGCAGAGGCAGGCCAGCCCCAACAUCGUCAUCGCCCUGGCGGGGAACAAGGCCGACCUGGCUGAGAAGCGCAUGGUGGAGUAUGAGGAGGCUCAGACCUACGCUGAGGACACAGGACUGCUCUUCAUGGAGACCUCUGCCAAGACCGCCAUGAACGUCAACGAACUGUUCCUGGCCAUUGCGAAAAAGAUGCCAAAAACAGACACCCAGAACCCCACGCACGCAGCGAGGCAGAGGGGGGUGAACCUCCAGGACCCCGACGCCCAGUCCACCCGGAGCUGCUGCGGGAACUAACCCCCCCCUCCCCGCACCCUGGGGGCCGGGGCGCAGAUCACCCCUUCCGUAACCCCCCCCCACCUUAGCACCACCCAGAGGGAUACAGGGAGCGAGGGAGGGAGUGAGGGAGAAAGAGAGAUGAAGGCUAUGUUCUGCAGCUUGUCCUCGUGGGCGAUAAGAAUUUUAGGUGGAGCGGUGGAGAUCGGAGAGGACUGAAAGAGAGAAAUGAGAGUUAGAGAGAUAAUCUUGGAUUUUGUAAAAAA